UAUUUUAUUUUAGUAUCAUAUCAUUUAGUGAUCCAACACUUAAACAGCAAAUAUGUCUCAAUUAAACAUAUUUUCAACUAUUGUUUUGUCACUGUUUGUGAUCAUAUCAAUUGAUUGUAUAGACAGUAGUCGACAACUAUCCCGAAAUGAUAGACAAGAGUUAGCAAAGUUUAAACUAACAGUUAAACUAUUGAAUGCCGUUUUGAAUGAUAAUGACAACAAUCCAGGUGCUGGUGCUGAUGGUGGUCGGGUAGGAGGAGGAGGUAGAGCUAGCAAUAGGAAUCUGCCGGCCGUUAGUUCCGGUAUAGAAGCAGACAAUGAGAAAGGCGUUGUAUAUUCUGAUUCAAAUAGGAAAAGAAUUAACAAACAGGAAUACCUGAGACUUAGACAGGAAUGGGAUCGACAACAACAACAACCUAAUGGUGGUGUUGGUGUCAACAACAACAGUGGGACCUACCGUACCGGUUGGUCCACCCAGAAAACAAUGGGGUGGUUACUCGGCGCACCAGAAUGGUGGAGGUGUCUAUCAACACAUUGACAAAAAUGGCAAAACUUAUAGUACAUAUGGCAUACCAGCCCCACCAGUCUUUACCUACUAUGAUAACAAUCGUAAUAAAGUUAGCAGGGAACAUUGGAGACAAUUUAAUAGCGAUUGGCCUAAUGAUGAAUAUGAUGAUGGAUUUACAUAUAGGGAUUCAAACGAUAAUACAAUUAAAAAACACGAGUAUAACAGACUUAAAUACGAAUGGAAUCAACAACAACACCGACAACAACGACAACAACGACAACCUAAUGGUAGUGGUGUUGGUGUCAACAACAAUGGGACUACAGUACCGGUUGGUCCACCCAAACGAAGUUGGGGCUCUAUAGGAGUUGUUAGAUUGGGACCGGUAGCCGAAUUUAUAGAGGAUAAAGAUGGUAAUGUUCGUCGUAUACCUAAUAACAAAUGGGGAGAACCAACAUAUCAUUACUAUGAUCCAAAACAUAAUGAAGUUACCAAGGAACAAUGGCAACAAUUUAAUACUGAUUUGGCUGAAAAUAAGUUUAAAAAAGUCUAAAAUAGCCUACCUUUCUGUAGUUUGUAACCAAAAACAAAAAAUAAACACGAAAAAUAAAAUAAACAUUUUUUGAUUUUAUUGAAAUUUAUCAAU